UAACCAUAAAAAUUCUGGAAUUCUCAAAUGACUACCAGUGUAACCCAAAGCUCAAACAACCAAUCAACCACACUUGUGCAAGCCCUGGUUCUUCUCUGGCUGUUUGUAAUCAGAAGCCGAGUUGGUUCGAUGGUCAUUUCAAAUCUCUGAACGUCCUGAGAGUCCUGGGGCCUGUGGAGACUGCAUGGUGAUUAGGUGGUAAAUCCUGUCUGACCUCCUGUCGGCCCACAGGACGGCAUCGAGCCCAUGUGGGAGGAUGACCGGAACAAGCAAGGGGGCAGGUGGCUGGUCACCCUCAGCAAGCAGCAGCGUCGCUCGGACCUCGACCGCUUCUGGCUGGAGACCCUGCUGUGCCUCAUAGGUGAAGCAUUUGAUGACUACAGCGAUGAGGUAUGCGGAGCAGUCGUCAGUGUUCGAACCAAAGGAGACAAAAUUGCCGUCUGGACAUCCGACUAUGAGAACAAGGAAGCCAUAACACACAUAGGGAGGGUAUAUAAAGAGCGGCUCGGAGUUCCCCAGAAGAUGUCUAUUGGAUACCAGUCUCAUGCUGACACAGCAACCAAGAGUGGAUCCACCACCAAAAACAAAUUUGUCAUCUGAGAACUCUCAGGGGUUCUCCUUUAACAGCCCUCCUCCUCUUCAUCAGCACAUUUUCCAUGCUGAGGAGGCUGCGGCCAGGGCUCUGAACCCAGAUAAACCAAAGCUUGUCAAAUGCAGAGUGGACUGCUUUUACCUGUCAAAAGUCAUGCCUUCCACAAUCCACAUGCCCCUGAUCCCUCUUCUUUUGUUUGCCAAGGGAAGAAAAGCAACAUUUCACGGCUACUGGACUUGGGUUUCCAGUACAUUAACCUCAAAUGAUGGGGGAGAUGAAAUGCAUUAAACUUAUAACCGUAUUCUCACAAAGGUCUUUGCCUAUAAGUUACACUGCAAAUAAAAAGGUUAUUUUCUGGAGCUUUAACUUUUUUGUGCUCCCCUCUUUGAUUCUGUACAGCUGUGUUUUUGCUGUAAUCUUUAUCUUGCAUGUGCCUUUUUAAUUUAUUUUAAUUUGCCCAAAGAGGCGUGUUAGUUUUCAAAGCCAUUAGUUUUUUUCCCUUCCAGGGCCUUGUACUUAAGUAUGUAAUCAGCUUAACAUGAUUACUGGCUCCUUUUUUCUUUUAUAUUAAUGUAAUGUAAAUUUUUCCUCAAUUUAACACUCAUUUCAGUUUAAUGAUAAUGAAAUAUUGUGAAUCUCUUUUGUAAUCCUUUUCUACAUUCCUUGCUAAAAAUAUAGUUUGACAUAUAUUCAGUUUAAUAUAUUAUUUCUUUGUUUGGAUGCCUCUUUUGGACAAUGGCCCACUUGUGUUAAAUCAGUCUGUAAAUAAAUGUGUACAGUGAAUUGUCUUUA